AGUUAGAAGUCAUAGUAGAACUGGUUUUUGCCGAUGCUUGCUGAUAUUUACGAUACCAACAAGUAGUAUCUACGAUAACGAAACAUGAUGACGUGUGCUUUGCCGUAAGUGAAAGUAACUUAUUAGUGGUAGGAGUUAUAUACGAAGGCCUUCAAUAUCGGUUGUAUAUUGUGUUGCGCGCAGUCUCUCGUUAGUUGUGGUUUCGUGCACCCGAAUCUGCGUAAACGUUCUGCUCCGCUUACGAUGUGUGGAAUUUUCGCAUACAUUAAUCAUCUUACGCCUAAGACCCGGCGAGAGAUAUUGGAAUUGCUCGUAAAUGGAUUGAAACGCUUGGAAUACCGUGGUUAUGAUUCAGCGGGUGUCGCUAUCGAUGCUGCGGAUCAAAAGGAUAUAGCCGUUGUAAAGAAAAGUGGAAAAGUAGCCGCCCUCGAAGAAUUACUUCAAGAACGUAGCCUUGAGUUAGCUGUUGAAGAAACUGUAGAAUCGCAUUGUGGUAUUGCUCACACUCGUUGGGCAACUCACGGUGAACCGAGUGCCAUCAAUUCGCACCCGCAACGAUCAGGCGAAGACAAUUCGUUUGUUGUUAUCCACAAUGGCAUCAUUACUAACUAUAAAGAAGUCAAAACCUUCCUUGAGAAUAAAGGUUAUGAAUUUGAAUCCCAGACUGAUACUGAGAUAAUUGCUAAGUUGAUACACCACAUAUAUUACCAACACAAGGACUACAGCUUCCAGGAAUUAGUUGAACAGGUAACUCAGCAACUCGAAGGAGCUUUUGCUUUGUGUUUCAAGUCUCGUUUCUUCCCAAAUGAGUGUGUGGCUACAAGACGUGGUAGCCCUUUGCUUGUUGGUAUUAAAACAAGGAGGCGCCUAUCAAGUGACCAUGUACCUAUUAUGUAUACUAACAAUAAGGCAACUAGAGGAGUUGUGCCCUCCGUGCCCAGAGUUAACAGUCACGCUCACUUUGAGCCAGAAGAAGAAAGAGAUGUUGAAUAUUUCUUUGCUUCUGAUGCUUCAGCUGUCAUAGAGCAUACAAAUAGAGUGCUCUACUUCGAAGAUGAUGAUGUUGCACACAUUAGGGAUGGAGUUCUCAGCAUUCAUCGUAUGUCUGGCAGCAGCACGGAUCCUCAUCAGAGAGAAAUCUUAACUCUGAAACUUGAAAUACAGCAGAUUAUGAAAGGUAAUUAUGAUUAUUUCAUGCAGAAAGAAAUUUUUGAACAAUCCGAAUCUAUUGUAAACACAAUGAGAGGACGUCUAAAUUUUGCUAAUGGCACAGUUACUCUAGGUGGAAUUAAGGAUUAUAUUCCAGAAAUCAAGAGAUGCAGACGGUUAAUGUUGAUUGGAUGUGGUACUAGUUAUCAUAGUGCUGUUGCUACACGUCAGUUGUUAGAAGAAUUGACAGAACUCCCAGUGAUGGUUGAAUUGGCUUCCGACUUUUUAGAUAGAAACACACCUGUUUUCCGUGAUGAUGUCUGUUUCUUUAUUUCACAAUCAGGAGAAACUGCUGAUACACUUAUGGCCCUCCGUUAUUGCAAACGUCAUGGAGCCCUUAUUGUUGGUAUUACUAACACUGUUGGUAGUUCAAUUUGUCGUGAAUCGCACUGUGGAGUACAUAUUAAUGCUGGACCCGAAAUUGGUGUUGCCUCAACAAAAGCAUAUACAUCACAGUUUGUGUCUCUGGUUAUGUUUGCCUUAGUCAUAAGCGAAGAUCGUAUUUCACUUCAAAAGCGAAGGGCCGAUAUUAUCGAAGGUCUGCAUGAAUUAGACUCUAAAAUUCGACAGGUACUAGCACUAGAUGAGAAGGUAAAAGCUCUGGCCGAAGACCUUUACCGGCAACGAUCAUUACUUAUAAUGGGUCGUGGAUAUAAUUUUGCUACUUGUCUAGAAGGGGCCUUAAAAGUAAAGGAGCUGACAUAUAUGCAUAGUGAAGGCAUUAUGGCGGGAGAAUUGAAGCACGGUCCACUGGCUCUCAUUGAUGAUUCUAUGCCAGUUAUGAUGAUAGUAAUGCGUGACCCCGUUUAUACGAAGUGCAUGAAUGCAUUGCAGCAAGUAACAGCACGUCAAGGUCGGCCAAUCGUGGUUUGCGAGGAAGGAGAUACGGAGACUACAUCUCUCGCAUCUCGUGUACUUGAAGUUCCGAAAACCGUAGAUUGUUUACAAGGUGUUCUUACAGUCAUUCCUAUGCAAUUAUUAGCAUAUCAUAUAGCUGUUUUGCGAGGAUGCAAUGUAGAUUGUCCGAGAAAUCUCGCUAAAUCAGUAACCGUUGAAUAAUUUUUAUUACCUAGGUAUAAUAUACAUUAUAAAUAUACGAUUUGACGAUCUCUAGCUCAACUACUUGUUGCAAAGGAAUUUAAUAUACCUACUGAACAUGUGAUAUUAAAGAAAAGCAAAUUACAAUCUUUUAAAGGCCAAUGUAGCGGGAGCUAUUUGCGCUAAAUGACAAAACGGCUUAAGUGUUAAUAUACAUAAACUUACAUAUUUGUAAUUUUUAAUUGACUAUAAAUCGACAUCUUAAAGUGAUUACAAACCUAUAUCGAAAUUUUAAUAACAAAACGGAGAAUCGAAGAGUUUUAUGAAAUUAUUAAUUAAUUGAAAAUUUGGAAUAAUUACGUAUAUUAUUAAAUAUAUGUAUAUUAUAACUUUCUUAAGUGAUUUUUUAAAUGGUAAAAGUAAACACAUUUUUGUUAUUAUAUCGGCAAUUAAACAUUCCAUUUUUAAUGGGAUAAAAUUAAACUAAGGCAUUUUACGUAACAUUCCACUGCUACAUUUAAAACCGAUUAACAUUACAACAUUAUUAUCAGAAAAUAUAUCAAGGCCGUGCCUCUCGUUUGUUUGAACCAAAUCUGUUUGAGAGAAUUAUAUGAAUAAUUGUAAUAGUCGUUACAAAGCUCCAUCUCUGUAAGUGCCUUAGAUAUUCAUUUACUUCAUGGAACAUUAACAAAAUAUAAAUGCCUUUGAAAAUUAUAGCAUAGAAGUAUUUCCUAUGUAAAAAUACUCUCACUAAUAUUUUUAAGUUUUAGAUGUGAUAGAAUAUAGGAAUAUUAUUUUUCCAAAAACAAAAUGUAAAAAUAACAAAAUAUCUGUCAUUUUAAUUAUACAUUUUCAUUUCGUUAUAACUUUCAAAAAUGUUUACGACCAAUUUUGUAUAAAUAUUUUAUUAUUUUUAUGUAUUUAUGUAGCAGUAGUGAAAAAAUCGUUUUACUAAUUAGAAGAAUUAUUGCAUUUUAAGAGCAUUAUUUGUUUUACGAUUGAAGUAAAAAAACGGAAACAGUAGGUUUUGAUCUAAUUACCAAUAAACAAGGAAACGAACUAAAAUAAGAUUUGAUAACAAUUUGAUGAUGAGAUACAGGUAUUAAUAAAAUACAAUAAUUUGAGUAUUUUAGACAUAUUUUUAUACAAAAAAAUAGUAAUCCAUGUAUGCAAUAACAGUUUAACUACUUUAACAGUUCGCACACGAUACAAAAGAUAAACAUCCUGUUCGAACAUAAGCGAGUUUAAAAAUAUCCAUUUGUAGAAUUAUAUAAUAAGUAGAGAUAUCUUAGAAGUAAUUUGGUUCAUAAAAAAAUAUUUAAAUUUAAAGGCCUCUAUUUUUCUUUCUUAUUUGAUUUUAUAUAACGCGGUUCGCUAGUCACAACAAAAAAUAAAUGGUUAAGAAAGAAUGACGUUAAUAAUUGUUAUGGAGAUUUUUUGUAUGAUGUCUACUGUUGGACUCAAACGUAUAUUAUAUAAGAUGUCUAAAUUCAAAUAAAUAUUGAUACUUAAUACCUAGUUUAAGUUCUACUUUUUCUUUUAUUCGUAUAAGGUAUAUUUUUAAUGGUGAAACUCCUUUUUAUGUGAUAAA